ACACUCAUUGAGUCCCAAACUAAAGGCCCUUAACCAUCUCUCUUUCUCUCUAUCUAUCUCUUGUUCUGUUCGAAAACAGAGAACAAAAUAUUUUUUUAAAAAAAAAAGAAAAAGAAAAAGGAGAGAAGAUGGGUAUAAUGAUGGUGAUUUUUGGUCUUCUUUUGAUCAUUGUAUGCAUCUGCUCUGCUCUUCUCCGAUGGAACCAGAUGCGUUAUUCCAAGAAAGGUCUCCCUCCUGGAACCAUGGGCUGGCCAGUUUUUGGUGAAACCACCGAGUUUCUCAAACAAGGACCAGAUUUCAUGAAGAACCAAAGACUCAGAUAUGGGAGUUUCUUCAAAUCUCACAUUCUUGGUUGCCCAACAAUAGUCUCAAUGGACGCAGAGCUCAAUAGAUACAUUCUAAUGAGCGAGUCGAAAGGAUUAGUCGCUGGUUACCCACAAUCCAUGCUCGAUAUUCUAGGGACAUGCAACAUCGCUGCAGUUCACGGCCCGAGCCACAAGCUCAUGAGAGGCUCAUUGCUCUCUCUAAUAAGCCCAGCCAUGUUGAAAGAUCAUCUCUUGCCUAAGAUUGAUGAGUUCAUGAGAAGCUAUCUUUGUGGUUGGGAUGAGCUCGAGACCGUUGAUAUCCAAGAAAAGACCAAACAUAUGGCAUUUUUAUCAUCGUUGUUACAAGUAGCAGAGACUUUGAAAAAAACAGAGGUUGAAGAAUAUAGAACAGAGUUCUUCAAGCUUGUUGUCGGAACUCUUUCGGUCCCAAUCGAUCUCCCAGGAACGAAUUAUCGCUAUGGAGUCCAAGCAAGAAACAAUAUCGAUAGGUUAUUGACAUCAGUUAUGCAAGAACGAAGAGGGUCAGGAAAAACAUUCACAGACAUGUUGGGUUACUUGAUGAAGAAGGAAGAUAGCAAAUACUUGUUAACUGAUAAGGAGAUUAGAGAUCAAGUAGUAACGAUUUUGUAUUCGGGUUAUGAGACUGUCUCUACAACUUCCAUGAUGGCACUUAAGUAUCUCCAUGAUCACCCUAAAGCUCUUGAAGAACUUAGAAGAGAACAUUUGGCUAUUAGAGACCGAAAACGACCCGACGAACCACUCAAUCUCGACGAUAUUAAAUCGAUGAAAUUCACUCGAGCUGUGAUCUUUGAGACAUCAAGAUUGGCAACGAUUGUCAAUGGUGUCCUAAGGAAAACUACUCACGACUUGGAACUCAACGGGUAUUUAAUCCCAAAGGGUUGGAGAAUUUAUGUAUAUACAAGAGAGAUCAACUAUGAUACAUCUCUAUAUGAAGAUCCAAUGAUCUUUAACCCAUGGAGAUGGAUGGAAAAGAGCUUGGAAUCAAAGAGCUAUUUCUUACUCUUUGGAGGUGGAGCAAGACUUUGCCCUGGAAAGGAAUUAGGAAUCUCUGAAGUUUCCAGCUUCAUUCAUUACUUUGUUACAAGAUACAAAUGGGAGGAGAAAAGAGGAGAGAAGCUAGUGGUGUUUCCAAGAGUUUCUGCACCAAAAGGAUACCAUGUUAGGGUUUCACCUUACUGACUUUGUUUUGUCCUAAUAUUGAAAUUAUGUUAUAAUCAAUUAACGGUCUUUUGAUAGGGUUACUUAACCUAUUUUAUCUCUCGUGUUCUUAGAGAAGUUGGAUUAUGUACAGAAAUGAAUAUAGAAGCCAAAAGAAAAUAAUAAGUAUUGAAAUGUU